ACACUCUGCUGCAGGGUCUCUCCCGGACAAUGAAGUCACGCCCCGACAGGAGGCGAGCGGCUCUGGCGGAGGCGAGGGACCGGCGUCGGAGGGCGUCUCUCGUCGUAGCGUGGAUAGAGAUGGUUUUGGUUUCCUCGUUUUUCAUCACAUUGUUAUACGACUUGCCGAACGCUGAUGGGAGACUUAUUAAGACUGGGGCGUUGAUGGUGUCCUGCGUCGUCCACCUGACCUUGGCUUUUCUCCUUCUGCAUGCCCUUCGCGAGGUGAGUGAAUGGCCUGCCUGUAAUAGCUGUUGUUGUAGUGAAUAUAAUGAUAGUCGGAGGCGUAGCAGUGAUAUUUGA